GCUUCAUCAGUCGCUGGCGCGAGGAGGAAAGGACAGUAGAGCGCACGAGUGUGCGACGAACGUUGAUUAGGAGAGGUUAAACGUUGUGCGAUACCGGAAAAUAUGCAGAACAUUUGAUUACGAGAGAUUGUGUUUCGUCAUCGAUAACUAAAUACUAGGGAUGCAAGGCUGAGAGAGCUUCCUUAAAUUUGAUGUAAAGACUACGAUUCCCUCUCAUCAAGUAAAAAACAAUUAUUGACACAACAUGCAUUGGGUCAAAAUAUCAUGUAUUCUCUGUAUGUUUGGAUGCUUCAAGGACUUCCGACCUUCUGAACCUUUUGUGACUGAUUAUCUGACUGACUGGAAACAUUUCAACCCCGAGGAAGUGAACCGAGACAUUUUUCCUGUUUCUACCUACAGCUACUUAGCAACAUUAAUAAUUGUGUUCUUGGUCACGGAUUUUGUCAGAUACAAGCCUGUCAUCAUACUCUGCGGCCUCUCCGGCAUUAUCACAUUUUUCAUGAUAGUAUUUGGGGAAACGAUACUGACAUUUCAGAUCCUCGAGUUCUUUUACGGCCUAUAUUUAUCCACAGAGGUGGCAUAUUACACUUACAUAUAUGCUAAAGUUGAUAAAAGCCACUAUCAGGAAGUGACAAGCCACACUAAAGCAGCUAUAUUAUUUGGUCGCAGCAUGUCAGCCAUUGUAGCGCAGUUAACAACCUCUUUCAGUCUAUUGAACUAUCACCAGCUCAAUUAUCUUACUAUUUCAGCCAACAUCUUUGCGACGAUCUGGGCGUUCUUCCUACCUUCUGUGAAGCAGUCGAUGUAUUUCCAUCGUGCCAGCAUCUCCGACGACGAGCAGAGCAAAGAAUCGUUCGAUUAUCAAUCGAAUGAGCCACCCAAAUAUCGCUGUAUUGAUAUAUAUACAUCAAAAAUGCCAUUACUUCGCAAGAUCAAGAAUGCGUAUGCACUGCUGUGGAAACAUUUCUUGCAGGCUUAUACCGAUUAUCGCGUGGUCAAAUGGUCGAUCUGGUGGGCUCUGGCUACUUGCGGAUACCUGCAGAUCAUCAGUUAUAUACAACUGUUGUGGCAGGAUGCAGUGACGAAGGGUGAUAUGAUUUACAACGGCGCGGUGGAUUUUCUUUAUGCGCUCAUAGGUGCAGGGAUCGUAUUUUGUGUGGGAAAGAUGAAGUUAAACUGGAGCUUAAUAGGAGACGUCACAUUAUCCAUAUUUUCGUUCCUAGAAGGCACCAUAUUGGUGGUGGCCUCUUACAAUUACAAUAUCUGGUUCCUGUACGUUGGCUAUAUCAUAUUCGGCGUAAUUUAUCACACUAUGGUUACUGUUGCAAGCUUCGAAGUUGCCAAGUAUAUAUCCGAGGAUAGUUACGGCCUGAUAUUCGGAAUUAACAUGUUUUUCGCGCUAUUAGUGCAGAGUCUGCUCACGUUCGUGGUCGUCAACAAGCUGACGCUGAGUAUUCGGCAGCAGUUUUUCGUCUACGGUAAUUACUUUGUGGUCUUGGCUGUGAUAUACUUUUUGAUGGGUGUCCUCAAUCUCGUGCAACAUUAUCGAAGUGGCAAAGUUUUCCGUCUGUGGAUUAACGAUGAUGAUAACUCUCUGCCCACGACGCGAAACACGAGUAGCUCGAGUGACGUGAUAUCGUCCAAGACGAAGCACAAUGGUAGCUGAUGAUGCAAAUGCAUCUUAGCAAUCAUAUUGAUAACUUGAAUUACAUACGUUUUUUAUAGCUUAAAAGGAGAGAGAAAGAGAGAAAGAAAGAGAAUAGGAGAAUUCUAUAGUUCUUUAUUUGUUGAAUGAUUUUACACGUUAUGAUUUUUUUAUAAAAUAUUUUUAUUAUCUAUACAAUCAUGUGCGCGACGUUUUUCGCUACGCAUUAUUAUUUCUGAGAAUUUUAGAAAGAUGUAUUACUGUUGCACAUAUCGUAUACAUAGUGUACAUGUAUAUAUAUGCAGUAUUAAAUCGUUAUGUAGAUAUUUUUAAAACAUCGAAUUUAAUGUUUUAUUAUAGUCAGAUUGUUAUAGUCAAUUGUUUUCUUCUCGUUUAAUUUCAAUUUUAUCGGAGAAACAAUAAUAAGCUAAUGUAUCAAUUUAGUGUUAUUAUUUCCUGAUGAAAAACGGAUAAACCAUUGGUAUUUAUGCAGUCUGAUGCAUUUAUCAAGUGAGCUUCUUGUACAAAAAGAUGAAAUAAUAUCGUCUGAAGCAUCUCUGGAUUUUUAGAAAAUCAUACCUGAAUGUAGUGAUACCUGAAUAUAAUUUGUAGUGAUUAGUUUUAUAAUGUUGAAUAGAAAUCUGACAUUCGAAUAAAAUUAUUUUCGAAUUGCGAGUAUUCGUCAUCCUGUUUUUUCGUUUAUCUCCUUGGAGAUAAUAGCUUUCAUACAACCCAGGUAGCAAGAUGACGUCUCCAGACGUCUUAAUCACGUACAAUGACGUCAUUAAAACGUUAUUAAGAUGUCAUUUAACGUCACUCUGCUACCUGGGAAGAGUGAUCGUUUCAUUUCAAAAAUACGAAACGAUCAAUAAAGCUAUUUGAAAGCAGGGUAGUUCUGUUCGGUUUAUCAAGUUUAUAAUCUUCGGAUCAGAUAUUCGAAAAGAGAUUCGAGAGGCGCGUGUUUUCUAAUCAAAAUUUAUUUUCAAUUUAUUCGAACUUUAUAUCUCUCAC